AUGACCAAGGUCGCCAUCGACCUGAACCUCUUCGAGAUCCUCGUUGCGAAAGACCAGCCAAUGAGCCUGGCGGAGCUGACCCAGGCCACCGGCGCAGACCCUGGGCUGAUCGCGCGUAUCCUGCGCUAUCUGGCCGCCUUCCACCUGCUCGCUGAAACCGGCGUCGACCGGUUCCAGGCCACCGCCGUGACCCAGGCCCUCACCGUGCCGGGGUUCGCAGCCGGGAUCAAGCACCAUUUCGAGGUGCAACUGCCCGCCUGGGGGGCGCUUCCGGCCUUCCUCGCAGCGACCAACUACCAGAACCCCUGCGAUCGGGAGCGCACGGCCUUCCAGCAGGCCCACCAGACCGACCAGACGGUCUUCGCCUGGUUCAUGGGCGGCAGCGCCCCGCCGCGGUUGUUCGAGGACUUCAGUCGGUGGAUGAGCGCCCAGCGCGUGGGGCAGCCCAUCUGGCUGGACGUGUUCCCGCUGGAGCGGUUGCUUACUUCGGCCAGUAGCACCACCGCCCCCACUACAGCAGCAGCAGCAGCACCGGCAUCCCCGUCUCCUGUCCCACCCCUCUUCGUCGACGUUGGGGGCGGCGUCGGCCACCAGUGCGUGGAACUGCUGCAGCGGCUGCCCCAAUGGCACGGGCGCGUGGUGCUGGAGGACCUGGCCCCCGUGGUGGCGCAGGCGCUGCCGCACGCCGGGUUCGAGCGACGGGCGCACGACUUCUGGACCCCGCAGCCGGUGGUCGGGGCGGGAGUCUACUACCUGCGCAACGUGCUGCACGACUACCCGGACGAGCAGUGCGUGCGGCUGCUGGGGCUGCAGCGGGCGGCGAUGGGGCCGGGGUCGCUGGUGCUGGUGGACGAGAUCGUCUGCCCGGCUCGCGGGGCGGGCCCCGCCGUGGUGGAUAUGGACAUCACCCUGAUGGCGUGCCUGGCGGCGCAGGAGCGCACGCUGGCGCACUGGACCCGGCUGUUCCGGGCGGCGGGGCUGGCGCUGGUGGAGGUCGUGCCGUAUGUCACGGAGGGGGGGCAUAGUGUGAUGGUGUUGGAGCGGUUGGUGGCGGGGGAGGGGGAGGGGAUUUAG